GUCUGCGGUGCGGAGGGACCUGUGUGCGCCGCGCUCCCCUUGUUCCGGAUACACACUUCGCCGCGGUGCGCUCUCUCUGCUCCGUGCUCGUUCGUGUGUGUGUGGCGGUGGGUGCCGUCGCUGUUGUGCGAGCGUGUUUGGGCCGAACGAGCGUGAGUGCCUUUGCGCCCGGCGCCGCCGGCGGCGUCCGACGACGACAAACGCCUCUUCGGAAACUGGAUAUCCCGAGUAGCGCGCCGCGACCAGAUAGAUCCUUGAGUGCCGCCCGGGGAUCGCACUGCUUGUGUGUGUGUGUUUGUGUGCGCGCGCGCGAGUGCCUGGGUGCCCCUCCGGCGGCCCGCUGGAAGCAGCUCCGAGUGGAUGCGCGCCUGGAAACUUGGCGCUUUCUGAGUGACCCAGCGACCCAUUGCUGAGGUGUGCAUGUGGUGGUUAGUGCGGACCCGCGUUGCCGGACUGAGGAUGUACAGUGCGAGGCUCACGCUGGGAUAAUCUUUCUGUAGGUUCCUGUUCAGCGAGCGUGGUACAGGUGAGGCGUCGACAGUAUAGCUCGUCGUCCUCGUCGCCGUCAGCUCGACACCUUGUGACUUUGGUGUUCCGGCUCUCGGAGCCAGAAUUCUACCGUAAGCCAGUGAUGUGAACGCGUCGAGAGAACCCCGUGGCCCACUGCUACGCAAGUAACCGACGCUGCCUAAGUCGGACCGGUGAUUCACGAUUCUACCAGUGUCCCCAGCGCCGCCGUAGUGACUCGUCUCCAUCGAGCAAUCCCGUCAUGUGAGAAGAGCCCGUCGCGACUUCCCGUCCGGGGCUACGCACAAAAACCGCAACCACGGCGGGCUUUCGAUUCACCAUGGAGCUCUUCCCGGUGCUCUGGCUGGCUGUAUCGGCCACGGCUCCCGUGCUGAUAGUGCUGUGCCUAUGGGUGGCCUACGUGUUCCACACGUACCGCCGCAAGUGGAGGACCGUCGACCUGUUCCUGCUGUCCGUCUGCUGCCAGGACCUGGUCACCGCGCUCUUCUGCUUUGGCUUCUCGGUGCUGCGACUCAUUGGACCCAAGAUGGCCGCCGCCCCGUGCGGGUUCGUGCUGUGGGGACUGGCGGCGAGCCGCACCUUCCAGCUCACGACGCUAGCAUCCGCGGUAGGAGACCGGCUGCUGACGAUUCGCUGGCCGUACCGGUACCGCUUCAGUGUGCGUCGCAACCAGAUCCGGUACCACGUGGCCGUGCUCGCCGUCAUCGGCGUCCUGAUCGGCGUUGCGUCCGCGUUCGCCCGCUCCUCGGAGUCCAUGCUGGAGUGCUCGUUGCACCCGCAGCUCUGGGACAGCCGGUACACGCUGUUCGUGCUCGUCCUCUACGGGAUGCUCAUGGCGUGCAGCAUCGGCAUGAGCGUCGCCAUGGAAGUGCAGCGAUGGCAGCUGGGCCGCAAGGCGCGCCUCCAGCAGCUGCGCACCGCAACGCCGGAGUACGGAACGACUAGCACCGGGAGCAGCGUCAGCUCGUCCAGUUCGAAGCCCCUGCACGUGCUUGGAAGACAGACGUCCAGGAGGCCGUACAGCCCGCAGGUUCUAUGUGAGGCCGGAGUGUCCGAGUAUCGCUGGACGGUCGUCGCCGUGGUUACGUUGCUGUCCUUCGCCGUCAACCAUCUGCCCUUCCUGGUGAUGGUUGUGCUGGGCGCGUACAUCGACGGCUUCUGGAGCCCCUGGCACGACAUGGCCGUCGUGUGGCUGCGGCUGGCGCAGGGAUUCCUGUUCCCCCUCGUGCUGUGCGUCACGGACCGCCACCACUGGUCGGCGCUCAAGAAGACCCUGCAGCGACGGUCGGCGUCGGCAGACUUCACCGGGGGUGACGAGAACCGGUACCGGCUGUAUACCGGCGACGCCAAGAGCUACAUCAAGCACCUGGGUCCCGUGGCGCCCAUCGGCAUCGUCACAAACUACAAGCGUUCGUCGACCAACUAUGGCCGCGUGUCCAAGACCCGUCCGGGCCGCUCCAGCUCUUCGAGGGGCAGCGACCGGCCCCGGAUUCCGGGUCUGCCGCCGCCCAAUUACCUGGUGCAGGGCAUCUACAACGUCGACUGCAUGCUCGACAAGGCGGCGUACCUGCGAAGCUGCGCCGUCCAGAUGCAGCAUCAGCAGCACUUACAACAGCAGCACCUGCAGCAGCAGCAGCAGCAACUGCACGCACCCGGCAGUCCGGGGUCUCCGCUAAAGCGGCCCCUGGAAGACGCCGGAAGCUGCUGCUCCAUCGACUCGGCGGUCAAGGUGCACAUCCCGGCCGUCGACUACGACUCCGAGAAGUCGCGGCCCGACGAGAACGAGCGACGCCACCAGGCGGCAGUCUUGACGCCGCAGGACCUGCCGGCGUGGAUACAGCAGGCCCAGGAGGAGGACCACAUCUACGCGACGCUGUCGGACACGCUCAGUCUCAGGUCCACCGUUGCCGGAGAGAGCUGUGCCACGCUCAGUGCUCCCGAGGAGGAAUCCGACUCGGAUGACGCCGGCUCGUUCACGACGGACGCCAACGACGACUUCGAGUUUCACGACACCCGGCCUUGCGGCGGCGAGGUGCGCAUGCGGCCUUCGACCGGCUCGGACGUCGCAUACGCCACGUACGGCGUGGUCCAACACCACCAUUCGACCGAGGAUGGCGGCGGUUACGGCCGCAUCCAGAAGCCCGCCGACCCGCCCCCGUACCAGGAGUCAUGCAGUAUCGCCGGCUCUCGUAACGCCUCGUACUCUAUGAACGACCUCGACCUCAUCGACAAGAUGGAGGACGGCGACGACGACCAGACGGAAGAUGGAUUCCGUGCGCCGUGGCGACAACCCAGGAGCGAGUCCCUCAUGUCACUGUACAAUCCGCCCGCCGAACAGGAACCCCAAGUCGUGGCCGAGGAUGUCCUGGUCAAGGAUCCAGCGGUUACGAGCGACCCUUACAGUCUGGGACAGAAGGUCAUGGAGGCCAUCAUGAAGAACGGACGCUCGUCAUUCGUCAUCCGCCGAAACUACGUGCGCAAGGCCAAGAAGAGGAUUGGCCUCAAGAAGCACAAGCUUGUUUUCGAUUGCGAAGGCAUCGACGACGGAUUCAUGGCCGUUCGUAGGUUCCCUUUCCAGCAGUCCCGGCUGGGCGGCAUCAACGCCAUCCGCAGGAUCGGCAGCCCCACGAGCCAAUGGCACGUUCCCGCGGGACCUGCCGGGAGGCUGACGGUCAUCUCCGAGUUCAUCUAGGUGUACAUAUGUAAUGACGAAGGUCUCUUUUGGGACCUUUGAAGAAAGACGAGCGGUGAAGCUGCGACCGAUCAUGUACAUAGCGCUGCUCUUGUGUCUGUCGAAGAAGUGUCAAACACGCCGCCCCCCCCCCCCCCCCCUGCACUCCACGAAACGACGUGCGCUUCAGCACUUCAGCGCUCCCUGAUGGAUGAUCGAAAGCAUUGGCAGAUCGACAACCUUAGGAUAUUGCGAUAGAGACAUAUCCUUGCGCCACAACUUGGAGGACGUGAGAACUGACGUCUUCUAGAAAGGCUAGAAACACCUUCAGAUGGAAGUCAAAGGUAGCGAUCAGGCUCAAGUCCGUUAGCUAUAGGGACCAGAAGCAGCAUUGCGUAGUGUUAGCGCACUCCCUUGUGUGAACUACGAGCCUAAUGUAGGCGCGAUCGAACUACGUUGGCCAUGACAUUGAACGAAGUUCCUUGUAAAUCGUCCUUUCCAGGUCUUUUCCGUACAUUACAGUCAUCCUCUCUCCAAGGCUACGUUAAAUCUUGCGUCAACCAGAUUGAACUUCACUGCUUAUUGCAGUAAUGGGUUGCGCAAGAUGCUAACAUUUCCACGUAGUUCCACCAGAGAUGCAUAUUGUGAAGAGAGUGAAACAACAGACACUUUUUCGUAGAGAAACUGCGUAUAUUUUUGUUUUCCUUGACUAACCUGCCACACAAUCCCUCGUUUCAAACAGCUUUCGUGUGCAGUUUUAUUGAAAUGCGAAGUGCCUUAUAUUGCACGAGAAACUUGUGAUGAUUGCGCUCCACAAUUUCUCACUGGUAGCAAAGUUUAGGUCACAUGUCCACAGUUUCAAGUACGGACACACUACACUACCAGGAAACACAAGUUUUCGUGCGCUGUCUUGAAGGCUUUUUCGGUUGCGGCACCAACGAUUUGAGGAGCUUUGCCCAUUGCAGAAUCCUUGCCAAGAAGCAAAUUGCACGGACCCUUCCUUGAUGUACUCUAGUUUUAUAAAUCUACACCUUCUAGAUCCUUUCAGUUCACCGUUCAUACGUCACACAUGGAUCUGAUGGCUAUGAUGGCAUGACAAAGAACUGUGUUUCACUGAAUAUUGAGCGCAUUAUAAAAAGCCAAAACGAGCGUUUCAGGGGGCAGCUACACCUAUAGAGAUGUCCAUUAAUAACAAACCGAGUCGCAUUUCGAUAUGCCAUGUAGAGGACGUUAAUAAGUGUCCUUGAUUGCGCCAAACGUAAGAAGAAUAAGGGGUGUUCGCUCGUGUUAGGCCGCGCAUGCGUUGUAUCUGCCGUUUUGUUCGCGCUGCUGACAGAACCUCUCGUCGAGGCAGUUACUGCCGCAUGAAUCGUGUUAUUAUUUUUUCUUUGUAAAUCCGCUCGAUACACCGUGGCGAGCAGCAACUAAAUGCAAAAAAAAAGUUCUUUGAGCUCGUAUCUUGUGUAACCGGGAAAGAAAAAAAAACGUUUCUUGCUUCCUACGAGUAACAAAUUCAGCCAUCACUGUAAAUACACACAUCGUUACCUGAACAGAGCACACGCUCUGACGCCAUUUACUCAUUGCCACUCAGUGCCUGUAUGGGAAUGUACGGCAAAGGCACAUGGGCACUCUCGUGCCUAUAGUAUGAAAUCGUGCCUUACGUACGCUAGUAACCAAUCACUUGCAACGCGUUCGUUUCUGGUAUAUUGUAUAAUAUGCGCGCGUUUCUGGGACUGCGCACCAGAGCGUUAGAACUAUGGCCUUACUGGCCCGCUGAAGAAAUGACGUCAUUGGACUGUACUGACCUGCUUUUGGUUGCCACUGCGCGAGGAAUAGUACAACCAAGUGACAUCACGCACAAUUAACGUCACCGCCAAACUGCCUUGAUAACCGUAAAGGUGGAUGUUAACAAAAGCGAAUCGCGCUGUCUGUUCUUUCCUGGAACGAAUGCUAGGUGAUCGUGCCUGACAGUGAAUGUGACCGUCGCGACAGCGAAGUAUUCGUUUCGCGAGCGCUUACGACGUCUCGCGUCUAAUAAACGUUCAGCUCGUGCCUUUGACUAUGCCAUAGAAACGAGUUUGAUCAGUGAGCCUCUCGUAUACUGAGUCGACCCGUGGCAGUCCGUUGACCAGCGAUAUGUUCCCCGCCUGCCACUCAAUGCCGCUGAUAUUGGCAGCCCAUCCACCCUCUACAGGUCUGCGGCUGUCGCGAGGGCCCCGGGAAGCAACACGCAUGUGACAUCCCCGAGAGAAACGCAACGCGUGGCAUCUGCACUAUCACUUAACACGGAUCAUCAUUCACCUCUGAGGUGGGUAAACUUAUCGAAAGGGUUCUCAGAAAGAUUCGGUCGUCCACCUUCUACUUGCUACUAACUUCGAGUUCGUCUUCCUUGACAGCCGAGCACCGUGAACGUCAACAUGUUUCUUUUAUUUUUAUUUCUCCAAAAAAAAAAGAAAAAAUCAGGAAAAACAUACCCUGCCGUUCGCCCCACGAAGUGGUCGUGUGCCGUAGCGUCGUGCCGUCAGCUAGAGGAAGCCAGACGCACCCGCGAUGACGGGUUGAUUGAACCGGCAUAGGAAAGGGCGGGCGUGUAGUUCCCCGUCGCUUCGCCGUGCGUCCAACGUGUUCACGGACGACUGCCUCGCGCCCCCGAACAAUGGUAUGCACGAGUGCUCGCCCCCCCCCCCCCCUCUGUGUUUUGUGCGUUCAUCUCCGCGAUUGCCAGUAACCUCCUCCCCCCACCCCCUCCACCUUCCACCCUCUGUGACUGCGCUAACGAACUGCCUGUAGGACUACAUCUAUCCUUCUCUCUCAAACACCACCGACACCCCUGUGCCUCGUGACCCAAACGCGGGUGCCUGUGUGCAGCGGAGACGACAAACGGAAGUCAGCGAGAUUCGACAGCACAUCACGUCACCGAGGAGUUGACGUGACGCCUUCGACCAGACGACGACGAUACCUGUUGGCAUGAAUUUCUAAUAUAUUCUUCCGUUGCUGGUUGUCUUCGUGCUUCCUGUAUAGGCGACGAUGGUUGCGUCUUCGAUGACACUUGUUGCUGUUUGUAGUUCUCUUUUUUUUUUUUCACUACCUUUCCAGUGCACCCGAGAUGCACGGGUGUUAUGGGUGUGCGUUUGUGCAGUGCGAGAUGAUUGACAAUGUCGUCGUUUGCGGAGUCCCCUCUGUGAGCCUUGAGAAGCCAGCCGUCGACGAAGACACACUCACACAUUGUUGCCGAGACGACGAAUAAAUGCGAUUACGUGUGAGCA